UAUUCUGCACCAAUCUUUGUUCUUACUCUCUUUAAAAUAGUAAUACAACUAUAUUAUAAUUAAGUGCAAACCGUUAUUUAGCAUAACAUCAUUGUGCUAACUCCAUAGUAUUGUUUAUAAAGUCCUCACGAAAAUGUUGCAUGUUAUGAUGGGAUGAAACUGUUUGGUGAAAAUCUAUUCAUCAUUAGACGCUUUUGUAUUCAGUACAAAAAUUGUUUGUUGAGUGCUCUCCACUCUAUCGGUUGAUAGCCUGAAAUAUACAUAACUCCGUAGAUCCAAAAUACGUGCGAACGCUUCAAAUUUAAUAAAUAUAUUUUCCUGCAAAGCACAAAAUAUUAUGUCAUACUUGUUUGAUCGAUCAUAUGCUUAUGAUAAUUAUUCUUUUCCAAAUUAAAGCAUAAAUUCUUAUUGAAUAACUCAAUGAAUCCUAAUUAUCCCAACGGUCCCAUAGGAUAUGGAUGGGGAUUUGGUCAAAAUGCUACUACUACUUCACGGUGGGAACAACCGCAAAUUGGAUUCUGCUUCGAUUCACAAAAUCCUCAAAUCCCUGAAGUUUGUCCACCUCCUAUUCAAAACCCCGGAGUUAUUGGCUUCGCUUAUGGUCAAGCGGUAGAAAAUCCACCUUUAGUGUCCUCAGUAUCUCCCGGUCGUUCACAAUCCAACUCAUCUACAGAUAGAACCUUUGAUGUUACAUCGCCGAGACUAAAUGUUCCCCCAUCCAUCGAAGCCAUGCGACCUAAAUCAUACAUUAAUUAUUCGGAUGAAUCGUUUGCACCAUCCGCUCCUCCUGAAUCCAUUUCUCCUCAUAGUGAAUCAGUGAAAGUUAUUACAAUCACUAGGAAGGAUUCAAAAAAAUCCGACACAACAUCUAAAACUAUAACCAAUACUAAAGAUCAACACAAUCAACGACGUGAUAGUUAUGAAGAUUCAUUAAAAGAUAUGGCUGCUCUUAUGACUGAUGUUGAAUUAACCGAUGAUAUGAUCAAUGGUAUGCGUAAACGUUUUGAUUUACAUAAUUGAUUAUAAUGAAAUCUUUCUUUUUUUUUGGAUCCCAUAUUGAUUUGUUUUUAAUGUUAUUCUAUAUUUCCUAUCAAAUGACCUGAAAAAUAAAAUACUCCUAUCAACAAUGUAGAUUACUUUUUGUUUAUAAGAGAAAAGUCAUCAUUUGUUUUUUUUGCUUCAUUCUUGUUUUACCAAUGCUGUCACACUAAUUAUUGUCGUUUAAUCCACAUGAUAAAGUUGCUUUCUUCCUCCUGCCUCCCCCCCGCCUAUGGAGUAACUUUAUUGAUUUAUUUAUUUUGUUACUUUGUUUACUGUGAUUAUUGAUUGUUUAUCAUAAUUUACUAAGUGAAAUCAAUUAUCAUGUAUUUGUUGUUGUUAUUGUUGUUGUUGUUGUUGCCUGUAAAAUAAAAUAGACUGGCAUUUCAGCUUGAUUCUCAACUUUCGUCUGUUUUAUCUGUUUCUAUGUCUUAGAUUUUUCUAGAAGGGUGUAGAGGCCUAUAUAUACCAUUGAUCUGUUUCCGAUUCAAGUUUGUUUAGUUGGUUCAGAAAGUGUACAAACAUGAUUGUUAUUAUUCAUUUUUAUUUCUUUUAACAGAGUUUGCAUUAGAUUAUAGUGUAUAAACUUUUGACCAUUAACAAAUUACUCGUGUUCAUCUGAUGUAAGGUUUUAACUAGAUAUGUCAUCAAAUUUAGGCUUAUUUACUUGUUGUUGCUACCUUAACCUGGUGG